AUGACAAUUAAAGGAAGACAACUGUUUGUUGGAAAUUUACCAUUUCUUGUUGGGUGGCAAGACUUAAAGGACCUGUUUAGAUCAGCUGGUAACGUACAACGCGCAAACAUUAUGCAAAAUCGUGAUGGUCGAUCAAAAGGACACGGUAUAGUGCUUUACGCGACUGUGGCCGACGCUCAGAAGGCUAUUUCAACUUUUGAUGGAUAUGAAUGGCAUGGAAGGAAAUUAGAAGUUCGCGAAGAUCGAAUUGCAAUGGAAUAUCCUCCACCACCUCCACGCACUGAAGGCGCAAAUGCAUUAAAUAAUCAGAAUGAGUUACCGUUUCGCGUACGAUGGCAAGACUUGAAAGAUUUAUUUCGAAAAGCUGGGACUGUCUUACGUGCUGAUGUUGCAAUGGGUUACGAUAACAGAUCAAAAGGUCACGGCACUGUGUUAUUUGCGACUUUAGAGGAUGCGAAAAAUGCAAUUGCAAUGUUUAAUAAUUAUAAUUGGCAAAAUCGCACACUGGAAGUCCGUGAAGAUCGUGGAUUCGUGGACUCUAACAACAAUUAUAAUUCAAAUAAUAGCAAUAACGCGAAUGGGAGCAGUAAUAACAUUAUUACAAAUAACAUUACCAAUGUUAAUAACAAUCAUAUGAAUAUCGUAAAUAAUCAAUUCUCGGAUUUGAUGAUGCGUCGUCCUAUUGACCCGGCUUUGAACCAACAUGCACAAAGUUUAUUUGCUCCUCCUGGUGCUCCGAUGAUACCACCUGGUAGUAUUUUUUAUGGACCAAGAGGAAUUCAAGCCCCGGCUCCUAACCACGCUGGACGAUUGCUUUUUGUUGGAAAUCUCCCGUUCAAUUGUCAAUGGCAAGAUUUAAAAGAUCUUUUUCGUAAUGCGGGUAAUAUAAUUCGAGCAGACGUGUUCACCAAUUACGAUGGGAGAAGUCGAGGCUUUGGUACCGUUUUAUUUGCUACUCCGGAAGAUGCACGUAACGCUGUCGCAAUGUACAAUGGAUAUGACUAUCAAGGGCGAAAUCUUCGCGUACAUUUCGAUAAAUUCACGCUACCAAAUAUACCACCACAUCCUCAUCACCCAGGAUCGCAUCCACCGCCACAUCUCGCAGUUCAUCCUCAUUCACACCCUCACCAUCCUCCCCACCCGCAUCAUCGACCACCGCCACCUCAUCACGCACUGAUCCCACAUAGUUUUCAUAUGGGUUUACCUCAUCCAAUUCAUCAUUUUAUAGCCCCAACACACCUUGGACCAUUUUCUCCACCUCUAACAACGCCUCCGCCACUCACAAGUCCGCCACCUUAUCCCACGAACGGUUACAAUCCCUUAGCACAUCAUUUAGCGGGAACUACCACACUAAAUUCUUCGACGAAUGGAAAUUCCACAUUUCAACCAGAUCAAUUAUUAUCUGCACAAUCUCAGUCUGGACAAUUUUCCGGGUUUGGUCCUAUCGGAAAGAACCAUUUUGUUCCAAUGCUUGGUGCUAAUGCUUCAUCGUUAUCUGGAUUUGGCUCGGUUGGUGCUACAUUUCCGACUAAUAAUUCUACCGGUGCUAAUGGUAAUGGCAUAGUGACUACAACUACUAUUGGGAGUAAUGGAAUCGACUCAAACUUCAAUUCGCCAUCGACCAAUUCUACUAACGACAAUAAUGGAAUUCAAAUUGUUGCUGCUGUUGCCACUCAUCAUUUACACCACCCACAUCAACAGCCUAGUCACACACAUCAUUCGCAUCAUCAUCCUGGUGCAAUCGGAAGUGGUAUUAUAGGUGGAAUAAAUAAUGGCGUUAAUCAUCUUCAUCAACAACAGCAACUUCAUAAUACCAAUACACUUUCGCAUGCGACUGGAACAAACGGAACAUCGUCAUCAUCUGUCGCGGCUGUGACUGUAACGAAUGGAUUGAACGGUGUGACGCAUAAUACUUCAUCCACGCCCAACGGAGUAAUUGAUUCAGAUACAACUGGGGCCGGAUUAUGGAAUAAUAGCGCGGCAAACAUGCUUACAACUGCCACUACCACAACUAAUGGAUCAAUUGGAACUUCAGGAGUGAUGGGUAUCGAAAUGGCAUCAUUGGCAGCAAUGGGACCUGUAAUGCCAACCGCAACAUCACAAUCAGUUUACGUUCGGAAUAUUUGA